CCGAACGAUUACAUACUAGUAUCUCUAGAUGUAGUCUCUCUCUUUACGAGCAUCCCCAAAAGCCUGAUGAAGGAAGCAAUCUACAAACGCUGGGACACCAUCAACACUGACAUUAAUCUGUCACUGUUUGACGAAAUCGUUACGUUUGUCAUUAACUGUAGCUAUUUCCAAUUCCAAGGAAAUUUCUACUCCCAGAUCGAAGGAACAGCUAUGGGCAAUCCGUUUUCACCGGUGAUAGCGGAUUAUGUCACCGAGAUCAUCCUAGAUCAAGUCACCAGCGAGAUUGAUUUCCCAGUCCCUGUCCUCAAAAAGUACGUAGAUGAUCUUGUACUUGCUGUGCCGAAGGAUAAGGUAGACGAGGUCGUGGCGAUCUUCAACAAACAGAACCCACACAUCCAGUUCACGGUGGAAGUCGAGGUAGGAGGACGGUUGCCAUUCCUAGACAUGGUUCUGGUCAGAGAUGAGCAUCAACACAUCAGAACUGAAUGGUACAGGAAACCGAUUUCAUCGGGUAGGUUCCUGAAUUACCAUUCUCAUCACCCACUACACCACAAAGUGAACGUCGCUGCAAACUUCGUCAAACGCGUUCUGGAUUUCUCCACAAACAUCUCCAGAAGACAAGCUAUGACCAUCAUUCACAAAGAGCUGGCGAGGAACGAUUAUCCAAAGCAGCUGAUCGGAAGAAUGAUCAACAGAUACGAUGAAAAGCAGCUUAGCAGGCAAAACGACACAAGUGAAUCCCAGAACCAAACGCAGGUGAAAACAUACUUCUCGCUGACGAAUGUAAACAAUCUCACUCAAAACAUUCAGAAAAUACUACAAAAAGACUACACACACAUUUCUUUAGCUGUAAAACACACAAAAACAAUCAAAAAGUUGUACCCCAUGGUUAAAGCCAUUACACCGAAAGAACAACAGUCAUAUGUUAUUUACAAAAUAUCGUGCAAAGAAUGUGAAGGUGUAUACGUAGGUUUGACAACAACACACUUAAGUUUACGUACUGCAAAUCACAAAACAUAUCAAAACAAAGUGAGAAAACUGAGGGAACAGGGAUACAUUGAAGAAGACGGCCAAAUGAGAGAGAUACAGGGAAAAUCUGCACUUGUGAGCCAUUGUAUCACUAAAAAACACGAAUUUGACAUUGAAAACACUACAAUAUUAGACAGAACAAACUCUCUGAAAAAGCUUAAAUUUUUGGAAAUGUGCCACAUAAGAAACACACCACACACCGUUAACAAAAAACAGGACACAGAAAAUUUGAACAUAGUUUAUGCCGGUUUACUCCACAAUAUCAAAAUAUUGUACACUCCUAGUCAGAACCAAUAGCCAAAACAAACACGGAAAACACACCAAUACUACAACAUCUCUGUAACACACUCACACAUAGGUAGGGGGGGUACUGUCAAUAAUUGUCGCUACCAAGAAAGUGGUGGUUACCAAUACGAGCUUUAUACGAAAAGGGAAAGUAAAACACGAAAAGUACCGCGUAAACAAGCUCGGGUUCCACUGUCCAAAUUGACCGUUGGUUUUAUCCAGAUUACCCGGAUGAAUACCAAUCAGAAACAACAAACGACACUAACGACAGUUUACACUUUGACUAAAACUACACUGGACGAGAAACAAUCCUUCUUAAUUCCCUGAAGAAGACCCCAUAGAGGGUUGAAACGUUGGAUACGAGAAAAUAAGCGUUGUUUCGAAUUUUCCCGCCAAGACCGAAAAGCCGAAAACCUAACCUAUAAUUUGUGAUCCGGUCGAUAGGAAGC